AUGUUCACGGAGAUGCAUGGCGAUGACAGGCAGCAGAUGACAAAUAAUGCCCAACAAACAUCCAGCUACGAGGCUCUGGAACGCGUCUUAUUCCGUCGAAUCUCGGGAAUUGGGCGGAUUGGGUUUCAUCGUGCUGCGGCCAGAUGGGAUCUCGAUGACCACAAGGCCAUUGGGCCCAAAGGAACAGUGAUUUGUUAUUUC